AUGCAUUACAUACGGCUCCUACGAGCACCAACGCUCACACGCGAAGACAACAGGAAACACCCCUGGUCCCUCAACGUCGUCUUCACAAUCACAACCGACCUCGGCGACUCUUUCCUCACACCAGAAGACAAUGACCCCGUCAAGAUCAAAGUCUCCGCCGGGUGGGAGCAUCAGGAUCGGAAGCAACAACAGAAUGAGGAAUCAUCAAGGAAGCAGAACAGUGAACCCAUGACGCUAGCUGCUGAGAAGGUCCUGCGCUGGACACCAGGCAUGCGCGUCCUCAAAGCCGACAUCCCAGCUCAACAUAUCCCGGGGCGGGGACCCCUCCCCAACACCAACGGUCUCGGUCCGCUGAAGGUACGCAUACGCGCCGAGGGUGAUAAGUCAGCCGACACGGCGAUGAGCGUGAGCAUCGCGGGGUUCGAGGGCGAGUGCGGCAAGAUCCUGCCCCUCUGGGCAGACGUGCAGACACCAGGCUCCGAAGGGCCGACGACCUGCGUCCGGAGACUCAACCACGGAGAUCGUCCUUCGGAGCCAGUGCUUGAGAUUGAGGAGGAUAUUGGGGAGAGUAUCGCGCGGCAUAUCUGGGAUGCCGGGUUGAUGGCCGUGUCUGGGCUGUGGCAGGUCAGCACGCGCGAGAGCUUCGCUGCGGAGAAGCACCCGUGGCGCAUGAAGAAGUUUCACAGCCUUCUCUUCGGGGAUGAGCCGGUGAAUAUCCUCGAGCUCGGAUGCGGUGUCGGUAUCCUGGGCAACGGGCUGGCGCAGCUCUUGUCGGAUGCGGAUCCCAAGGGCGAGGGUGCCAUCCUCAUGACGGAUUUACCUGAGGCCGAGCACCGCGCCUCCGCGAAUAUCGACAGGCUUGUGGCGAACGAGGCGGCGAGUAUUCAUCCGCGGUAUGAGAACCUCGACUGGGACGACGGUCGGAAGGGGGCGUUUGGGCCGCUGGUCAAGGCCAAGACGUGGGGCGUCAUUGUCAUGAGCGAUUGCACGUACAACGUGGACUCGCUGCCUUCUCUGGUAAAUACAUGGACGGCGGUCCACGUGCACAACAUCUCGAAGAGCGCGAAGGAGAGUGUGCAGACGUGGGUGUACAUUGCGUGGAAGAAGCGGCAUCCGGAUGAGAAUGAGUUCUGGAACCAGGUUGACAGCCAGGGGUGGACUCUACACGAGGAAGAUGUUGUUGAUUUGCCGGUGCUCGGCGGCGAGACGGAGAAGAUCUUUACGUAUCUGUUCAGCAUGAAGUCUACAAUGUUUGAGCUUGAUGAGGAGAAGGGAGUCUGGAAGUGCUCAUAG